CGGCGAGACAAUAUUCAAAUUUAUUUCUAUUUUUUUCGCGGGAAGUUCUUGAGGAUCCGAUGGCGGAGCAAGACAAUGGCCUCGCUAAUGGAGUUAUUUUCUGCCCUAAUCGACCUGCCGGCUGCCCAAUUGAAGGUAUGGAAUCUGUGGUUGCGACUGUCAGUGGCUACCAUGGCACUGAAAGAUUCAACCUUAUCAAGAUGAUAUCUUAUACUGGUGCCAGCUACGUGGGUGUAAUGUCAAGGUCUAUUACUCAUUUGAUUUGUUGGGAAUUAGAAGGGAGGAAAUUUAAUCUUGCUAAGAAGUUUAAAACAAUAAUAGUCAAUCAUCGUUGGCUUGAAGAUUGCAUCAAACAUGGAAAGCGUGUCCCUGAAGGUCCUUACAUUCUUCAAAGUGGCCAAUCAGCAGGUCCCUUGUCAAUGAAACUUCCUUUUUCUGACAAGGGUUCUGUCUCAACAAAAAAGUAUAAGGUGCCUUCUGAAAAAUUACAUGAUUGUGGAAAUGUCGAAGAUCAAAGAAUUAAAGGCAUGUGCUCUUUUGGUGAUUCAAUCUUGCCCCAUUCUUCUUUGCUGGAUAAGGAGAUGUACCCUGAUUUUAGAAACAGUGAUGACACCGCUCAUAAACAAAAGCACAAAUUGCGGAAGAGGAUUUCUAAGCUAGAAGAACCAUCAAGCUCAAGUAGCAAAAACCAUUUUAAGGAACCAACUCCCUCUGAUUUUUUUGCGAUUGGGUGUGGCAGUUCUUCAAGUUUGGCGAGAGAUGAAACAAAAGGUAAAAGAUAUAAUGAAAACUCUACUGAUAGAUCUUCUAGGAGAUGGCGGCGACUUGUGAAGAAAGAUUCUAGCGAAGAUCAUAAUGAGCCUGACGUUUGGAAUUUUGACCCGGAGCAGUAUCAUUUGGUUAUUCGUAAUAGUCCUACAGUUUUGUCUAGCCAUUGUGAUGAUGAAACAGAUAUUGAAGCGGUAAACACUGGAGGAACAGCUGAUUGUGAUCAGUUGUGCGACGAAAGGGGACUAGCGAGUGACAGUUUUGAAGGUGUUGAGGCUUGUGAGAACCAAUCUACAUCCUUACUAGUCGAAAAUGCACCAAGAAUCCUCACGACAACUUCAGAAGAUGAAUUGCACAAUGAUUUACAAAAGAACAUUGAGGAUUCAGUUAUAGAACUCAAUACGAGCAUACCCUCCACUUCGACGGAGUUAUCAUGUGUCAUCUGUUGGACAGAUUUUAGUUCGACGAGGGGCGUUUUGCCCUGUGGGCACCGAUUUUGCUAUUCAUGCAUUCAAAACUGGGCAGAUCACAUGGCUUCGCGCCGAAAGAUCUCAACUUGCCCUUUGUGCAAAGCCAGUUUUCUGAGCAUCACAAAGGUUGAAGAUGCUGCCACUUCGGAUCAGAAGAUAUACUCCCAAACAAUUCCAUGUGGACCAUCUCUAUUGGAUAUUUACAUUCUUCGCGAUGAAAGAACUCUUGACAGCGUUGUUCAGCCCUCUGUAGCAGCUGUUUGUAGCGUAUGUCGAUGUCGGGAACCAGAGGAUCUCCUCAUGAGCUGCCAUCUUUGCCAGAUUCGACAUAUUCAUUCAUACUGUCUGGACCCUCCCCUGUUACCAUGGAUUUGUAUUCACUGUAAGGAUCUACAAACACUCUACCAUCGAAGACAUUGAUUUGUUGUCUUGAAAUCAGGGUAGCAUACGGGUCAUUGUGAUCACAAACAAAACAGCUACCAACUUGUAUGUGCUCAAGGGUACUGCUAUCAUUCUCCUUCUAUUAGAAGCUAAGCACAUGGGAUGGGACUUAUCAAAUCAUCUACCUAGCUGCAGAUUACCCCAUUAAGAAGUUAGUCUAUAAAGUUCUUAGUUAGCUGAAGAUUUUGAAGCAAAGAAAACCCAGCACUGAUUAUUGUUAUUAUUUUGAAACCUUUCAUUUUGUUUGGCUGCUAUGAUCU